AUGAAUAUUCUAAUUAUGAAAAAUCAUUAAUUGACAUCUUACCCUAAGAAGAUGCAUUGUUCAUAGAAGAAUAGCUGUUAAAAAAUGUCUAAUUCAAAGAAGAAGAAAUCGAAUUGCCUAUUUGAAGCUUCUCUUUUGUUAGUUGAGUAAAGUGGGAGUUGGAGAAAAAAUAAUCAAAAAAUGCUUUAUAUUCACAAGAAGAUGCGAUUGGAAAAGGAAUUCCUGCCUUAUUAUUUGAUGUCUCUCUUGUAUUUUCAAACCAGUCGCAUAAUGGAUUAAUUCAAGUUGAAUCCCAUUAGAUAAAACAUGGAAAGACUCAUUAAGGAACCUCAUUUUGGUUAACUUUUAAUUGAUCAAGCGCUUGAAGCCAUGAAAGAUUUUGGAUAUGCCUAAAUCGCUUACCCCUAAAAACAAUUAAUUAAACUAAGAUCUGUUAGGCUCUAUUGA